CAAGGCCCAGCCAGCAGACCUCUCAGCAUUUUCGUCCACGCCAUGCCUCGGUCUCUGCUCCUGCCAUUGCUGCCCCUUCUGCUGCUGCUGCUUCCGCUUGAGAUCCCCAGAGCAGCCAGGGCAUCUCCGCGGCAAGCGUCUUCCGAAGUUGCGGCCACCUGUAAGGCCCAAGAUCUGUGCUUGCUCGGGCCACGCCCACUGCCCCCUGCGCCGCCAGUCAACGUCAGCCUCUAUUAUGAGUCCCUGUGCGGAGCUUGUCGGUACUUCCUGGUCCGAGAUCUGUUCCCGACCUGGUUGAUGGUUAUGGAAAUCGUCAACAUCACCCUGGUGCCCUACGGAAACGCGCAGGAAAGAAAUGUCAGCGGCACGUGGGAAUUCACGUGCCAGCACGGGGAGCUGGAGUGCAGGCUGAACAAGGUGGAGGCCUGCCUGCUGGAUAAGCUGGGAAAGGAGGCUGCGUUGCUAACCAUCGUCUGUGUGGAGGAGAUGGAGGACAUGGAGAAGAAACUUGAGCCGUGCCUGCAGGUGUAUGCUCCAGAGGUGUCAGCAGACAGCAUCAUGGAGUGUGCCACCGGGGAGCGUGGCACACAGCUCAUGCAUGCCAACGCCCAGCUCACUGAGGCCCUGCAGCCGCCCCAUGAGUACGUGCCGUGGGUCCUGGUCAAUGAGAAACCUUUGAAGGACCCCAGUCAGCUCCUGAGCUCUGUCUGUCAGUUGUACCAGGGAGCUGAGAAGCCCGAUGUCUGCUCCUCCAUGGCUGACCCCCCCAGGAAGGUUUGCUACAAGUGAAGGUCAUUGUGGAAAGAAAAACGAGAGCCCAGCUGCACAGCCUUCUCAAAUCCACAGCCCUCAGCACUCAUUCACCCACGAGAAAACUUGGACAUGUCCCACCAAACAGCCUUGAAACUCUCCACAUAUUCAAGAAUCUUGCCUUGUUUCCAAUUGGUGCUAAAUUUAAAUUCAUUGAAUAAAUAAUUUAGAUUGA